AAUACAUUGUCAACAUGUUUAUUUUACAUACCACCGCAGCCAUUCUCAUUUCAUUUCUAGCCAUUAUUGCCUAUCGCGAGUCUCGAAAUCUCAUAGCAAAAGGAACAUCGAGGUUAAGAGAUCUCGGGCGGCUAGUUAGGCAGACAGAAUUUGUGAAGAGAAGUGUAAAAUCACCUACCAACAACAAUGUCACGCAACUCCAUGCAGUGGGUGAAAUCAACGUACACAUGGACGGACAGAUGGAACGAUAUAAGCAGAUUUAUUUCAAGCUACAUAACUUAGAGCACCACGCUAAAAUCUUGCCGGAGUGCCGCCAACUUCUCCUGUCUCUUCUGACCACAACGCUCAGCGAUGCAUUCAAAGAGCCAGACAACGGCAUUCUCGCUGUUCAAGAAUUCUCGCGGGACAGCUUGAAUAGCUUUCUCAAAGUAAAAGAUGUCAAUGUUACCAACCGGUGGGAAGAAUACCUCAUUCGCCGCAAAGCUGGAGGAUCUCGCGAGAUGUUCGCCGACAAAGACGAAGCAAAGUGGUGGCUCAAGCAAGCUGCCAUGGUCAAAUAUGUUGAUGGCGCAUGGCUAGGGCAUAUCAACAAAAUCAGUACUCCCUUCAUGUAUCGCAAAAUCACGAAAAAUGCAUGGCAAGUCAUGUCCGAGGAGCUAGGAGACGGCGAUCUUGCUAAAAACCAUAUCUAUGUAUAUCGGAAGCUGAUGGACGACAUCGGUGCUGGACUCCCCGCUGCUGAUUCGAAAGACUUUAUUCACCCUCGCCAUGGAAUGAACGAAACACGUUGCUGGAAAGCUGCCGUGGCUCAGCUACUCAUCUCCCUGUUUUCACAUGAGUUCCUCCCAGAAGCACUAGGGUUCAAUAUGGCGUAUGAGAGCUUACCACUCCAUUUGCUGAAGACGGUCAAAGAACUUCGUGAACUUCGACUCGAUCCCUACUACUUCGAACUUCACAUCUCGAUUGAUAACGCGGACUCAGGUCACGCUGCAAUGGCUAUGGCCGCAGUGGUAGACUAUAUUGAGUUGAUUGCGAAGAGCGAAGGAGAACGGGCCGCACACGCUGCGUGGAAGCGAGUGCAGGCUGGGUAUAUCCUCGCUGAAGGCUUACCGACGACACCUGAAAGCCCAUCGUUGAAGAGAACUGCCGAAGAGUUAGUUUCUUACACCAAAACUGAAGCAGCACUGCUCAGCAUUUUCGCCGCCAAAAGCUUCGUCGCGCACAAAAUCCAUUGCAACAGCCGCCUGAAGAUUGGUCGCCGAUCUUUGGUUGAUUGGCUGGAGCCGAACGCUUUUAUGGACACGCAAUGGCAAAAGGACUUUUUACGUGACUUGAGCAAUUGCAAGCCGUGGGUUAUUAAAGGAAACAGCGACAAGAGCCGGCUGGUGAAAGAGUUGUCCUGGGAGGGUAAGAUGUUCGGCAGUUUUACUCAGACAGAGGUCGAGGUUGUCAAGAAAUGGAUCGAUGAUCUCGAUAACCCAACACAAAUACCUAGCCAGGAUCCCAAAGUGUACCUUAAUUUCACCGAACGGCCAUUCACCUGUCCAGAAAUCGAACUGAAGGAACAGGAUAUUUUCCUUCACUACCCGGUACUUGCGAACAUUCCUCCAAUGCCAGUCUCCACAAGGCUACCCUCUGAUCUCAAGGAUUCGAAUUCCAACGAUGCGCUUUCUCUCGACAUCGACAUAAAAAAACUCAGCCUCACACAAUUCCUUCCUCUUUGGUUUACGUCCUCCACGCUUCUCGAGUCCGUCCCAUCCGUACCCGUCCGCGCUGCAGACACUUUUGGUUCGGCAAUUGUCCGCGUCCUACGCGCGCAAAAUGGUUUCGACAGUGAAGGUUUGGGAGUAGCCGGUAUGGACGAGGUUCGCCGGACCGACAACGGCCAAGCAAUCGGCAUUGUCGAACUUGGUCUAGAUAUAUGCCGUCGCGCAGGUUUGAACGAGCCGAAAAACCUGAAAGAUGCUGUGACAUUGGGAACUGGAGAAUCAGUCGUGUUCGCCGAGUGGAUGAUGUGGAUGGGAAUGCGGUGGUUAACGUAUCGCGAUGUCUUGAUAGGCUUGACCUGGGCGUUCAUGGAGGUGCACGAGGCACUUGCAAACCUAGAAGGACAUAACACAUUGUUAAGUUCAGAAGGUAGACAGAUUUUGAAAGAUAUCGCACUUAGGGAAAGAACGGGAUUAAGCGUCUGCAGGAGAGACCUUGAGAAGGACAGAAAACGUAUGGCUGAUUUUCGAGAAGGGUUUGUAACUGCAAGCAGAGCAAUCGAGGCAUGUUUGUCUACGGAGAACGUGCACAGCGUUAUUGAGUCAUAAGAUAAAACAUCC